CUUUCCCAACAGCAAUUGAUCAAUUAAUCAUUUCAUACUAUACUGUGAUAGCUAAGCCGAAUCUCUAUCUAAACAUGGCAGAGCACACAGAGAGGAACCGUCAGUACUUUGACAAGCUGGCCAAGUCCUACACCAGCGACUUCAAAAGUAUCCUGGAAUCCAUUUGCAGACUGGUGGAUAGUCACCGUCCUUGGAUUAGUGAUGCAUGGGUCGAUACGGAGGCUGGAAAGGGUCAAGAGAUCAAGAUGUUAGAGUAUGCAUGUGGGACUGGGCCUGUUUCUUUGACAUUGGCACCUUUUGUCUCGAAGAUCGUUGGACUCGACGUUUCGGAUAAUAUGAUUAGCGAGUACAACAACAAUUCCAAAGAAGCGGGCUAUGAAGACAAGAUGGUCGCACUCAAGGGUGACCUUCUGGCUGAGUCUGCUCCGGCAGAGCUCUCAGGGCCCGAGUACUUUGACUUUGAUCUCGUGGUUGUCAGCAUGGCCCUUCACCACUUCGAGAGACCAGAAUUAGCCAUGGCCCGCUUUGUAGAGCGUCUGAAGAAAGGUGGUGUGUGCGUAAUUGUCGACAUUGUGCCAGACGAUCACCACCAUGGCCAUUGUCACAAUGUUGAGCAUGGCUUUGGCGAUGCUGCGCAAACGGUAAAAAGCCACGGCUUCACCAUGGAUCAAAUGAAGCAGCUAUACGAAGAAGCAGGGCUUGUGACGAGAUUCAAAUAUGAUAUUUCGAAGGAGCAGGUAGUAUUCUGCAAGGAUGGAAAAGAGCAUUUGAAGACCAUAUUCAUUGCUCGUGGGCAGCGUGCGUAAUAGCAAAGGAGUAGGUUGCUUAUGCUUUGGUGAUCAGCUUAGAAAUGCGAUAUGACAAGUGCCAUGUUCUUUCAGUAGCAAUGCGAUAUCCAUGAUGUGUAGUUUCUCCAGCAAUUGACUAUGUAGUUCUCAGUUGUUAGUGGUAGGUUCAUUUGGAUCUCGACAUGACGAUGAUGAGCGCCUAGCAACCAAUCAGAGGCUUUGAAUAGUCAGACGCGCUCCGGUGUAAAAUUGAAUGGACGGUCAUAACCACACCAUAUUGAUGGGUUAUGUGGGUAGGAAGUGAUGGAUGAAAUGAUUACCCAUUUAGAUACUGAAAUAAC